AUGCCAUUGGAACAAAUAGAUGAUGAUGAUAAUACUUGGGACUCAAUGUCUUCUAAUGAAUCACUUGAUGGUAAACAGAAAUUAAUAAAACGAGGAAAUUCAAGCUCAGGGUCAAAGAAAUUACUGAUUCAUCCACCAAUAAGUACCAUAGCAACAACAACAAAUUCAAAUUUAUCACAACCACAACCUCAUAAAUCACAAUUAUCAUUAACUACAACACUUAAUAAAACUCCUUUGGAUCCAUUAACUACAAAAGAAGAUGCAAAUUCAGUAGUUUCAAAAGACUCAAAAGAUAAUAAUCAACCGGAGCAAAAUAAUCGAUUUCUUAAAGAUUUACAAGAAUAUGAAAUAGAACAUAAUGGGAAUAAUGAUUUGCAAAAAAGUUCUUCCGUUGACGAAGAUAGUUCAAAAUUAUUAGCGUCUCCUAAAAUUAUCGCAUAUCGUAAAUCUAAACGAACGGUAAGUGAAGGAACUUUCGAUCUGUUAAUUUCUUCACCAACUUCACAAACUAUCCCAACAUCAAAUUCAGUCACGUCACCUCCAAAAUUUGAUAAUAAAUUAUAUGUUGAUGAAUUUUAUAAAGAUCUGAAAUUUAGAUACGCAGUAAUGAAGCGUAAUGUUGAAUUUCAUCAAAUAUUUAAAAAAUUGGACUUAACUGAUCGUUUACUUGAUGAUUUUGCAUGUGCAUUAAGUAGGGAAAUCUUAUUACAAGGGAGGAUAUAUAUUAGUGAAAGUUAUAUAUGUUUUAAUUCAAAUUUAUUAGGAUGGGUUACAAAUAUGAUUCUUGAAUUUAAUGAUAUUGUCAAAGUUGAAAAGAAAUCAAUUGCGGGGUUGUUUCCUAAUGGGAUUAGUAUAGAGACUAAUAAUGGUCAAGUACAUACAUUUGCUAGUUUUUUAAGUAGAGAUUCAACUUAUGAAUUAAUGUUGACUAUAUGGAAGGGAAAAACGGGUAAAACAAAUGAAGAUUUAACAAAAGAAGAUGAGACAAAAAUUGAAGAAACAGCAAAUGAAAUUGAAGAAAAUAAAGAAAUUGAAAGUUAUAUAAUGUCAAUAGAUGGAGAUGAUGAAGGUAGAGAAAUAGAACGGGAGAUAUCUAAUGUAGAAGUUAAUGUUGUUGCUAAAUUGGUUAAAUUAAAACCAGAAUCAAAAUACACAAAUAAAGGACCUGAUUUCCAUCUACCUACGUCUGCAGAAUAUGAUGCAAAUUCAAAUGAGAUUGAAUUAAUAGAUGAGAUAAUAAGUGCACCAUUGGGUAUAGUAUUUGAUAUAUUAUUUGGUUCAAAUACAUCUUUUCAAACUAGCUUUUUAAAAACUCACGAUGGAUCUGAAAUUUCAGAAUAUGAUGAGUUUCAUCCAAAUGAAGAUGAUCCAACAAUAAUGGAGCGUAAAUAUAACUAUCGUCGAAAUUUAGGUUAUUCAAUUGGUCCAAAAUCAACAAGAUGUGAAGUUACCGAAAUCAUCGAACAUUUAAAUUAUUCCGAUUAUAUAAUUGUAACUACUGUCACCUCAACACCGGAUGUUCCUUCUGGAAAUGUAUUUCAAGUCAAAACAAGGUAUAUAUUUACAUGGGCUGAGAAUAACAGUACAAAUUUAAUAGUUAAACAUUUUGUUGAAUGGUCAGGUAAGAGUUGGAUGAAAUCAGUCAUUGAAAAAUCAUCAUUACUGGGUCUGAAACAAAUCAUGAAGGAAAUGAUGGAAGAGUUAAAAAAGGAAAUUGAAGAGAAUACGUACUUCAUUGAUGCUCCUAAUCAACAACAACAACAAAUAAUGGUACCACCACAACCACAAAAGAAACCAUCAAAUAAUCUAAAAGUAUUACCUCAACCACCAGUCAGUACUACUACUACGUCUUAUGAUUUACGAAAUUCAUUUAUUUAUGUAUUAUUUGUCAUUAUUAUUUUACAAUUGUUUAUAUUUUAUGAGUUGUAUCAAAAUAGAAAAUUAACAAAAUUGUUAAUAUCAUUACAAGUUUCAAGUUUAUCACCUCAAGAUAUUAAUAAAUAUAAAUUAAAUAAAUAUAUACAAUGUUAUUAA